AUGUCGAAGCGACGGAUCGAGAUGAUAGACCCUUUUAUAAAGAAAAAAAGAGAAGAAAAGGCAGCAGCAGCCGCAAAAUCCGGUGGCAGCGGUGAAUCCUCAGAAUCAGCUGCAGCUACUCUAGGUACUGCUCCCGCACAAACAGCCACCAGUGCUUCAGGCAUUAAUCCAUAUACAGGUCGUCCACACUCCCUCACAUACCACGAACUGCUGCGUCGUCGUCGAAGCCUACCUGUAUGGGAAUACCAAAAUGAUUUCAUGAGACUUCUAAAUACCCAUCAGUGUGUUGUUUUAGUCGGUGAGACUGGGUCAGGAAAGACUACACAAAUACCACAAUGGUGUGUAGAAUUUGCAGCAGUUACUGCUGGGAAGUCUUUUGGGGUGGCAUGUACCCAGCCCAGGAGAGUGGCGGCUAUGUCAGUGGCUCAGAGAGUGGCUGAAGAGAUGGAUGUGGCACUAGGACAGCAAGUUGGUUACAGCAUCCGUUUCGAAGACUGCUCUGGACCACAAACCGUCUUGAAAUACAUGACAGAUGGUAUGUUAUUAAGAGAAGCCAUGUCGGAUCCUAUGUUGGAACAGUAUAGAGUGAUUUUACUAGACGAAGCCCACGAAAGGACGUUAGCAACAGACAUAUUGAUGGGCGUACUUAAAGAAGUUAUAAAACAGCGCACAGAUUUGAAAUUAGUUAUUAUGUCAGCCACAUUAGACGCUGGGAAGUUUCAACAAUACUUUGAUAAUGCACCUCUAAUGAAUGUCCCCGGAAGAACACAUCCAGUAGAAAUAUUCUACACACCUCAACCUGAAAGGGAUUAUUUGGAAGCAGCGAUACGUACAGUCAUACAAAUUCACGUAUGCGAAGAGAUUGCCGGAGAUAUCCUUCUGUUUUUGACAGGACAAGAGGAGAUAGAGGAUGCGUGUAAGAGAAUCAAGAGAGAGAUAGAUAAUUUGGGACCAGAUGUAGGAGAAUUGAAGUGUAUACCCUUAUAUUCCACGUUACCCCCUAACCUUCAGCAAAGAAUUUUUGAGCCAGCUCCUCCUAAUCGUGCGAACGGAGCGAUUGGCAGAAAGGUUGUAGUGUCAACAAAUAUUGCUGAAACAUCUUUAACGAUAGAUGGUGUAGUUUUUGUGAUAGAUACGGGUUUUUCCAAACAAAAAGUGUAUAAUCCAAGGAUACGUGUCGAGUCACUUCUGGUCUCGCCCAUAAGUAAAGCGUCAGCCCAACAGAGGGCAGGUAGGGCUGGAAGAACUAAGCCCGGAAAGUGCUUCAGGCUGUACACGGAGAAGGCUUACAAGAAUGAAAUGCAGGAUAACACAUAUCCGGAGAUUUUGAGAUCAAACUUAGGAUCUGUAGUUUUGCAGUUGAAAAAGCUGGGUAUCGACGACCUGGUACACUUUGACUUCAUGGACCCGCCAGCGCCGGAGACACUCAUGAGGGCGUUGGAGUUGCUCAACUAUCUGGCUGCACUCGAUGACGACGGCAACCUAACAGACCUGGGAGCGGUGAUGGCGGAGUUCCCCCUGGACCCUCAACUCGCCAAGAUGUUGAUAGCCAGCUGUAACCACAACUGUUCCAACGAGAUCCUCUCCAUCACCGCCAUGCUCUCUGUACCACAAUGCUUUGUCCGGCCUAAUGAAGCGAGAAAGGCAGCAGACGAGGCCAAGAUGAGAUUUGCACACAUAGAUGGAGAUCACCUCACGUUGCUUAAUGUGUAUCACGCUUUUAAACAGAAUAUGGAGGACCCACACUGGUGCUAUGACAACUUCAUCAACUACAGAUCCCUCAAGUCCGGCGACAAUGUGCGCCAGCAGCUCAGCAGAAUUAUGGACAGGUUUAAUCUAAAAAGAACUAGCACAGAAUUCACAAGUAAAGACUACUAUAUCAAUAUAAGAAAGGCGCUCGUUAAUGGAUUCUUCAUGCAGGUGGCCCAUCUAGAACGAACAGGACACUACCUCACUGUGAAGGACAACCAGGUGGUACAGCUGCACCCUUCCACCUGUCUCGACCACAAACCGGACUGGGUCAUAUACAACGAGUUUGUUCUCACCACCAAGAAUUAUAUAAGGACUGUCACUGAUAUUAAACCGGAAUGGCUCCUCAAAAUUGCACCGCAGUACUAUGAACUAAAUAACUUCCCACAGUGCGAGGCUCGGAGACAGCUCGAGCUGCUGCAGGCACGUUUAGACUCCAAAGCGUAUCAGGAAGGUUUU